CCUCGGCCAGAGCCCAGCAGACUGGAGCAGGGGAGCGGGCGGGCGGGCAGGGAGAGGCCGAGCUGUCUGCUGGUCGUGGAGGACGAAAGGCCGGUGCCCUGGCAGCAUGCGAGCCCCACCCAUCCCUAGCCAGAGGGGCUGACUCAGCCCGUCGUCUGGGCCCAGAACCUUCCUUUGCUAGACCGGGGCGCCUCUGUCCCGAGGCCCGAGGGGAAGGGGACGGGCGGUUGAUAAAAGGCAGCAAAGGCGACUCCCGGGCCUUUGCUCCGGCCCACAUGCAGCCUCGGACCCAGCCCCUGGCCCAGGCCCUGCCCUUCUCUCUUGGGGGAGCCCUGCGAGAUGCGGGGCUCCGGGUGCCUGUCAUCAAGAUGAGCACAGGGUGGGAGGGCCUGCAGCGGACCCUGAAGGAAGUGGCCUACAUCCUCCUCUGCUGCUGGUAUAUCAAGGAGCUGCUGGAUAAAGGGCAGCAGGAGCUGCCCCGCCUCUCCUCACUGGCACCACGGCGGGCAUCGCUCAGGUGCGCAGUAGGGACAGACACAGGAGGCUUGGCCGAAGCACGUGUGGCACAGCUGCCUUGGGGAGACUCCGGGACCAGCUGUUCUCCAACGAGGAGAGGCUGGAGGGAGUGAGGAGUGGACCCGGCUGAGCUGGGCAUCUGUCAGACCUGCCUCAAGUCUGGGCGUCUGCUCCCAGCCCCCUCUGGUGGACCUGCUGCCCGGGACCCCAGCAGGCCCCGGCCGGACCUGGGGCUCCUCCAAGCUGCAGCAGCAAGCCCACAGCCCCAGAUGGUGGAUCGUACCACACCACUUAGCUCUGUCAGUGGGCUUGGAAACCACUGGACCACACAUGAAAAAAUAAAUAAGCCUUGAGGCCA